UAUUUUUUUCCAAUUCAGUUUGCCAAAACUCUGAAAUAAACAAAUAGUCUCUCAUCCCAAUUGAAUAUUGUCCGGUUUUCUUUUGAUUCAUUUUUCUACAAACGGAAAAUAACCGAACCAGAAUUUGAUAGAGCCAAAAGUGAGAAAUGCUUCGUCAAGCUUCAUAUUAGCCCAUAGGGUGCUACAAAUCUGUCUCCUUUGGUGUUUUUUUCUAGUCUUUCAAAUUAGGGUUUUCAUAUAGAUUUGAGUCAUUGACUGCGUAACAUCUGGGUAGGGUUCAAGCGAUGGCGAUGAUCGCGAGGAGGGCCGAUUUAGGACAAAAGGUAAUUCGUUUGUCGAAAAGGGAAGUUCAUUCCCUGAAUCCAAUCAUAAUGUCUCCAUCUCUUGUGUCCCUCGACUUGUCCGACGAUUGGGUUCCUUUCUCUCAUCCUCCGUCUCCUCCUCUCUUCUCGAGUGAGCAGAAGACCACUGUAAUAGACGGGAAAUCCAUUGCCGAAGAAAUCAGGACGAGAAUUGCUAGUGAAGUUCGGGAGAUGAACAAGUCCAUCGGUAAAGUUCCCGGUCUCGCGGUGGUGUUGGUCGGUCAGAGAAGAGACUCGCAGACGUAUGUUAGGAACAAAAUCAAAGCUUGUGAAGAAGCUGGGAUUAGAUCUGCCAUGGCUGAACUGCCUGAGGACUGUACUGAAGAACAAGCUAUUCGUGUAUUGUCUCAGUUCAAUGAAGACCCUUCCGUGCAUGGUCUGCUCGUGCAGCUUCCUUUGCCCCCGCAUCUUGAUGAAGCUAAGAUCUUGAGUAUGGUGAGGUUAGAGAAAGACGUGGACGGGUUUCAUCCAUUAAACAUGGGACAUCUCGCAAUGAGAGAGAGGGAGCCAUUGUUCAUAUCAUGCACUCCGAAAGGCUGUGUCGAGUUGUUGCUAAGAUCUGGCGUGGAGAUCAUGGGCAAGAAUGCUGUGGUGAUCGGUAGAAGCAACAUCGUAGGGUUGCCCACUUCCUUGUUAUUGCAGAGGUAUUACGCAACAGUGACCACAGUGCAUGCUUUCACAAAGAGACCAGAGCACAUCACCCGGGAGGCUGAUAUCGUGGUUGCAGCCGCAGGUGUGCCUAAUCUGGUCCGCGGCAGUUGGCUGAAGCCCGGAGCAGUCGUCAUCGAUGUCGGGACAGUCCCGGUUGAGGACAGGAGGAGUGAGCAUGGAUACCGGCUGGUGGGAGAUGUGUGUUAUGAGGAAGCAUUAGGGGUGGCUUCGGCCAUUACCCCUGUGCCCGGAGGAGUUGGACCCAUGACCAUUGCCAUGCUUCUUUCCAAUACUUUGGACGCUGCCAAACGCGCGUACGGCCUACUCAACUACUGAUAUAUAUAUAUAUAUAAUAUGGCUUUGAUUCUGGUUAGGGAUCCAUUUCUGUAGAUGUAAUGUAAUAAUAACCUUCAGAGAUGUCUUGACAGAGCUGUUUUAAAGGGUUUAGAUAUGACAGUAGUUUUCUUCGGCUUUGUCCA